UUCCAGACAAAAGGAGCAAUGAUUAUGAGGAUAGUUAGUAUGUUGCUGAUUGCUGUUGGUAUAACGUAUGCAGAUAUCAGUGAUCGACCGAUAACAAUCAGAUUGCCCCCACAGAAUCGAAAACCAAAUUUUAUGAAGGAAAUGGCAGCUCCGCGUCCUAUACAGUCAUCAUUAGCACAAACUGCAUCAGCUAAUCAUCCUCAAAGGCCGCAUUUAGGAAAUCUCCCUUCAUUGACUCCUGCUGCCCAACUUCCCGUUAUACCGCCGUUACCAGCCACGGAGCAACAGUUUGUACCGCGUCCCAUAACAACACCACCACCACCGCCUCCAAUAAACAUACCACCAGAUGUACAAAACCAGCUUAUCAAAUUUUUCGGUCUGGACAGUUUUGGCAUACCCGGCCUUACUGGUAAUCAUCCAGAUGGUUUUGCAGGCGCUAUCCAGGAGUUGAGAGCUGCAGGGAUACCUGUCCAAGGUUUACCAUUGGAACACAUUUCCGGGAAUCCCUCACCUUCAACUUCACAGAAUGAUGUAUUGUCACAAGCAAAUCCAGCAUUUGGAAACCAGCUGAACCAGUUGUACAACGAGGCAACAGGUCCUGCACAUUAUCGCGGUAAAGGUAGUAUCCCUUUACCUGAAGCUACUCCUGGGCAGAAUGGCCUUAUUGGCUUGCUAUCAAGUUCGAUAAGGAAGUUGGUUCAAGACACUGGUGUAGCUGAUGCACUUUCACAAGGCAUUCCUAGUGUAUUGGGAACAAGUAGCUCCGGUGAUACAGCUGUUGCAUACUCAACGGAUGCUGAAGCUGAAGCUGCAGCACAGAGUGCCUCCCGUUCCGGAAUUCGUCGGCAACAGAAUGCUGCACAGCGAGUACUUUCUGGAGUAGCAGCAGCACUUGGUGCUGGUGGUGGACGUGGACCAGCUCAUGCAGGACUCCCGCGAAUACCUGGCUUCCCAUUGCUACCGGGUGGUAUACCUCGUAAUGAACAGGGUCAAAUAGACGUUGUUCAACUUAUUGGUUCAAUAACGCGUCGUAUUUCGAAUGGAACAACAUUGGCUGAUGUGAUACCACCGGAGCAGUUGCAGAUUCUUGCCGAUAACGUCACUGAUGCACUGUUACCACCAACACCUGAAGAUUUCGAUUUGCACAAAUUUAUGGGAAGAUGGUUUGAAGGUAUCAACAGUCCUCGUGCUACUGAACAACGUUGUGUUGUACAUCACUAUGGUGGCUUAACAAAGAAUGAUAGGACGGCUACUUUCACGGCAUUGAAAAUCUACCGUGAGGGGAGUGAAUUCGGUCCCGUACGUUACUCAAUCGGUUAUGCAUUUCGAGGAGGUAACAAGGAUGCCAUGCUGCAGUUGCAUAGCUCGGAAACUCCUGAUGCACAACCAUUUUGGAUUUACAAGUUGGGUCCAGAAGGAACUGAUCCAUUUGGUAACCCGCAAUAUGAAUGGACAGUUGUGUCAAAUUGGGUGAAAUAUCCCGUAACAGUGUUAGUUCGAGAUCCGGAUAAAUUUAAAGCGAAAUACGAACAAGAAGUGCUACGGUGGUUAGAGGAUCAAGGCUUUAUUAAUGGCUUCAUUAGAGCUUUUAAUAUGCUACAGCCAGCUAGCUAUAGCUCCUGUCAAUAUGCCGAUAGUACUUUCGAAGUAUUUGGACCUAGUAGACGUCUGACUUGAAUUUUGUUACUUAUCAAUAACAAGUUUAAUUUUUAUUGGCUUUAUUUGGUUUGUUUACUUUGCAGAUACAUCUUCUAAGCUAUCCUUCGAAAGGUCGAGCAAAAUUAUGUUUUAGAAAUAUAAUAGUGACAUUCUUUUACUAGCGAAGUUCGAAGUUGUUGAUUCUAUUAACGAAG